AUGCCUUGCUUCAAAGGCCUUGCGGUCAGUAUCCACGCGGAAGGGCCACUCCCAGAACACGCAGUUCAGAGACAAACACGAGCAUCACGCAUAUCCUCAUACAUCCCAGUCCCACCAGCCAAGGUUCCCCCCGGCUCCGUGACCGGCAAGCCCGAACAAGCAAAGUUCGCCAUAUCCAUCACUCUGCUGACGCCUGGACUUAAUGUGCCCUACUCAACCCCGGAUCCAACACCAGAGGAGCCGUAUCCGCGGCCAAGAGUGGUAGGCGGUCUGCCAGGUUACACCGCAGACAGAGGGAAGUACGGACCGCCCGUCCAACCUUACAUUCCGCGGACAUCGAACCCGAACGAGACUAUCGCGGCAUACAUCUACUUUGACGGACGGCAAAAAGAAGAAGUAGCGACGUUAUUACGGCGCGGCGAGGAGACUUGGGUCAACUCGAGAUGGGUCAGCGUGCCGGAGUCUGAAGGCGGCGGUCUAGCUGAGCGCGAAUUCUUGUUCAGAGAAGUGGGGCUGGAGCGGUGGCUGAACGGACUAGAUCUGGAAGGCAGCAAAGACAAGGCCGAGCGGUUAGAGAGGAGGCAGAGGCGGUUGGAGAAAAAGCGGCGGAAGAAGAGGGAGGACAUGAACAGUGAAGACGAAGAUGAAACGAAUGGUGGCUUCAAGCGCUUCGACCGUAACGGCGUCCUCCGGUACGGCGGUGAGAAUGGCUCGCCGGUGGAAGAUUUGGAGGAGCAGAGCGGGCUGUUCUCGUCAAACUCGGAUUCAGAAGAUGAGCCACCGCAACCGGAAGCGGCGGGCCAGAUCAAGGUGGCGCUCUUCCGUGUGCUCGCUAGCGGUGAGAUCAAGCGCGGAGAGUACUCGCCGCAGUUCGGUGCGCACGAUGAUGACGAAAGCGGAGAGCAGAACGGCAUGGCCAACGGCGACGGCGAGAAUGUCGAUCACACUACGAGCUUCGCCAAGCCAAAGACACUGGAUCCUAAGAGCAUCAGCACGCAAACCGUGACAGGGCUAGACCCGCCCGAAGCACCGUAUGCAGUGUUCACAUUCUUUUACAGAGGCGAGAAGCAGCUACAGAAGAUGGGCAUCUUGCAGAACCCAGAAGCAGAGAAGAAGCCAGUAGUGACCAAGCGAAAACCAUCAGGACCGGACUUCUCCAAGCUCGGACCGCUGAAGGCUGGAGGCACUGUCGGCUUCUCAGGCUACCGUGAGUCAACAGCCAAGCGGAAGAACAAGCCCGUGGAUGGCGACGCCAUGGACAGCGACGCUGACGACGAGGACGACGAGCGCUUACCGAAAGGUGAGCCGGAGGUUGAGGUCAAGGAUGAGAAUGGUCGACUGCUGUCACCCGAGGAUGCGAAACGUCAGCGGGAACUUGCGGAGGGUCUCAAGCGCCAGCACUCAGCGGAACCGAUAGGCGAGCCCUCAUCAACCCGAAAAUCACCUCACAUCAAGUCUGAAGAGUCACCAUCAGCAGGCACGCCACAAUCCGUCAACUCAACCUCCGCCAACGCUGGCACGCCUCCCGAAAGCCUUUCACCCACUCACAUCGAGCCCGUGGCCGAGUCCAUCGCCAGCCCCUACAAGCGUCAAAGAUCCAGCCUACCCGGUCUG